UCAUUCCAAUUCCCCAAUCAACUUGUUGCGCACUGUGUCAACAAACAUCUGUCUGUGCACGAACGCCAUGCUCUCAAGAUUGCCAACCCGGACUGGCCCCUAGAACCUCCACAACACGCCAUCAUUUAUGAGUCAAAACCUCAGCAAUGGACUCACCUCGCUUACCUUCUCUCUCAUGCACAACUCGAAACCCACUUACGGCUGACCAAUGGCUGCCCAACCUGGUCUGGUGGCCUGCUAGCCCUCCUGAGACACACCUACUUCGUGUAUGAGCAGGCCUUCUACAAUAUUUCGGUGCUGGACAUUGCGCAACAGGCCAUCAGCAGUGGGGACUUUGUGGAGCUAUUUAAACCCUACCCCGAGCUGCACGAGGGCAGCAAAUUCCCGGAUCUCUGUGAGCUGCGAGUCAGUCUCUACCACUGUCCGCAAACCUGUCAGAAUGGCCUGCAGUCUGAGCUAGGUUUCCGUCUGCCAGCAACGGUCCGGCGGGUGGAUGUGCAAUUUGUGGGCAACUGGUGUACAGACUGCUACGCUGGUAUCCUCCGCGCGGUAUCGCUGACGCAACACCUCCGAAUACGUCACUGCGGCGUGCGAAUGAGGACUGCCAACGUGCCAAGCAUGUUCCAGACCAUCGAGUUCCCGGAGUUGGUACGCAUACGAACACCCAUAGAGUCAGUCUUCGUGUUGAAGGUACUUCAGGGGCCAGGAGCACAGCAGCGUCGUGAA